AUGGCAGACCAGAAGAACGAAACCCAGCAGCAGAAUGCUGCCCCCGCCGAGGCCCAGUACCCCACGGGCUACGACAUCAAUGUCAAGGAGCCGCGGUUCCUGGGCAUGCGGGGAAAGAUGCUCAGCAUCGUCGUCUCCAUUGUAGCUACGACGGGCUUCCUGCUCUUCGGCUACGACCAGGGCGUCAUGUCCGGCAUCAUCGGUGCCGCACCAUUCAACGACUACUUCGAGGAAACCAAGGGCAACAAGACAUACCAAGGAUUCGUCACUGCCAUUUAUGAAGUCGGAUGCUUUUUUGGCGCCGUCCUGAUGCUUAUCAUCGGAGACAGGCUUGGCCGGAAACGGGGUAUUAUCGCCGGCGCCAUCAUCAUGAUUGUCGGCGUUGUUAUCCAGGUUUCGGCUGUCAAGCCAUACCAUCACAUGGCCCAGUUCAUCAUCGGCCGUACCAUCACUGGCGUUGGUAACGGCAUCAACACUUCGACCAUUCCGACAUACCAAGCCGAAUGCUCCAAGUCCACCAACCGUGGUCUGCUGAUCUGUAUCGAAGGCGGUGUCAUUGCCUUCGGUACCAUGAUUGCGUACUGGACCGACUAUGGCUGUUCGUAUGGCAGCCAGGACCUGUCGUGGCGUUUCCCCAUCACCUUCCAGUGUCUGUUUGGUCUCGUUGUGGCCAUUGCCAUGAUCGGCCUCCCUGAAUCCCCCCGUUGGCUCUUGACCAAGGACAGGCAUGAGGACGCCAUUAAGGUCAUCGCUGCUCUCCGCGGCCACACUGUUGAUGCGGAGGAGACCCGCAUGGAGGUCGCUGUCAUUAUCGAUUCGAUCCGUGCCUCUGGCCACGUCGGCAGCACUAGCUACCGCGACCUCCUGACCGGCGGCAAGACCCAGCACUUCCGUCGCUGCCUGCUUGGUGCAUCUGCGCAGCUGUUCCAGCAGAUUGGAGGCUGCAACGCCGUCAUCUACUAUUUCCCCAUUCUCUUUGAGGAGUCCAUUGGCGAGACGCCCAACAUGUCUCUCCUCCUUGGCGGUGUUAACAUGAUCAUCUACUCCAUCUUCGCCACCGUCUCCUGGUUCAUCAUUGAGCGGACCGGCCGUCGUAAGCUCUUCCUCAUUGGCACCAUCGGCCAGUGUCUCUCCAUGGUCAUCGUCUUCGCCUGUCUCAUCCCCGGCACGACAGGGGCGGCCAAGGGCGCUGCCGUUGGCCUCUUCCUGUACAUUGCCUUCUUCGGCGCCACCUGGCUGCCGCUUCCUUGGCUGUACCCCGCGGAGCUGAACCCGCUCAAGACGCGCGCCAAGGCCAACGCCAUCUCGACCUUCACCAACUGGAUCUUCAACUUCCUCAUCGUCAUGGUCACGCCCAUCAUGCUCGAGAACAUCGGCUGGGGCACCUACCUGUUCUUCGGCGCCGUCAACGCCGCCUUCUUCCCCGUCAUCUACUUCUUCUACCCGGAGACGAAGCAGCGCACGCUCGAGGAGAUCGACAUCAUCUUCGCCAAGGGCUUCGUCGAGAACAUGAGCUACGUCCGCGCCGCCAAGGAGCUGCCCUACCUGACCGAGGCCGAGAUCGAGGAGAAGGCCCGCUCGUACGGCAUGGUGUCCGACACGGAGAACGACUCGGACGUCAACCAGCGGAGAGGCUACUCCAGCAGCGAGGAGAAGGAUGCUGCCCAGAUUGCCUAA